AUAUUGCUCUUGCUUUUCAGCGGGGGUCUGAUGAGCUUCUUUCUUCCGACAUCGUUAACGGACCUUUUACCAUGAACAAUUCCACUCGUUCUGCAGGUGUGUAUGCUAAUGGGAAUGACAACAAGAAAUUUAAAGGAGAUAGACCUCCCUGUUCGCCUUCCCGUGUUCUCCAUCUUCGCAAAAUUCCAAGUGAUGUCACCGAAGCAGAGGUCAUAUCAUUAGGUCUACCAUUUGGCAAAGUAACUAAUCUUUUGAUGUUGAAAGGAAAAAGCCAGGCUUUCUUAGAAAUGGCUUCUGAGGAAGCUGCUGUUACUAUGGUGAAUUAUUACACUCCUGUUACUCCUCACCUUCGAAGCCAGCCUGUUUUUAUUCAGUAUUCCAAUCACAGAGAACUUAAGACUGACAAUCUACCUAAUCAAGCUAGAGCCCAAGCUGCACUGCAGGCUGUCAGUGCUGUCCAGUCAGGAAGUCUGGCCCUUCCUGGAGCUCCUGCUAAUGAAGGCACAGUCCUACCUGGGCAGAGCCCUGUGCUCCGAAUAAUUAUUGAAAACCUCUUUUAUCCUGUUACCCUGGAAGUUCUUCAUCAGAUAUUUUCUAAAUUUGGCACAGUCUUAAAGAUUAUCACCUUUACAAAGAAUAAUCAGUUUCAAGCCUUGCUUCAGUAUGCUGACCCACUGAAUGCACAUUAUGCCAAAAUGGCUCUGGAUGGCCAGAAUAUCUAUAAUGCAUGCUGCACUCUGCGUAUUGACUUCUCCAAGCUUACCAGCCUUAAUGUGAAAUAUAAUAAUGACAAAAGCAGAGACUUCACUCGCUUAGACCUUCCUACUGGUGAUGGCCAGCCAUCUCUUGAACCCCCUAUGGCUUUUGGUGCACCAGGAAUAAUUUCCUCACCAUAUGCAGGGGCUGCUGGAUUUGCCCCAGCCAUUGGAUUUCCUCAAGCUACAGGUCUGUCAGUCCCAGCUGGACUAGGUCCCGGAGCUCUUGGUCCUCUCGCAAUCACCUCCUCUGCUGUCACUGGAAGGAUGGCCAUUCCUGGGGCUGGUGGUAUACCGGGAAAUUCUGUUCUACUUGUCACCAAUCUUAAUCCUGAUCUUAUUACACCACAUGGACUUUUUAUCCUAUUUGGAGUAUAUGGUGAUGUACAUCGAGUGAAGAUAAUGUUUAAUAAGAAAGAAAAUGCGUUGGUUCAGAUGGCAGAUGCAAAUCAAGCUCAGCUAGCAAUGAACCAUCUGAGUGGUCAGAGACUUUAUGGGAAAGUGCUUCGUGCUACACUGUCCAAACAUCAAGCAGUUCAGCUUCCUCGAGAGGGACAAGAAGACCAAGGUCUGACUAAGGAUUUUAGCAAUAGUCCUUUGCAUCGCUUUAAAAAGCCUGGCUCUAAAAACUUCCAGAAUAUUUUUCCACCAUCAGCUACUCUGCAUCUUUCCAACAUCCCCCCCUCUGUUACAGUAGAUGAUCUGAAGAACCUUUUCACAGAAACCGGAUGUUCAGUGAAGGCUUUUAAAUUCUUUCAGAAAGAUCGCAAAAUGGCACUCAUUCAGUUGGGAUCUGUGGAAGAAGCAAUCCAGGCUCUCAUUGAACUUCAUAACCAUGACCUUGGAGAAAAUCACCACCUCAGAGUUUCCUUCUCAAAAUCUACAAUCUAACUUCUCUGUGAAUUUUUCUCCUAAGACUGGACCAUAAUUUCAGUAAAACCUUCAGACAUAGACUGAAGCAGCUCAAGACCAAUUCUGCCUCUUUCACAAAAAUAACUCUUCCUGAGUUUGAUAUUCAAGUAUAUUCAAAAAAUCAUGGGAUGUUCUCUUUUCCCUUAAACCCUCUGCCAAUACAUCAUCAGAGGCGUGUUUUUCCUUUGUACCAUAGUUUCUAAAAUGAAAAUAAUCUUCAGGAAAAAAGAAUCAGGAAAAUAAUUUUUUUCAAUAAUUUAACUCCCUAUAUUAAAUUGGAUUUCAAGAGGACAGUCUUUCUUUUCGUUUGGGUCCAGAUCAGCCUUAUACAACAUUUCUAAACUCCUUUGUACUUUGAAAAAUUUAAACAUAUAGACUUUUAAAAUUACUUGACGUAAGUAAUUUAAAUUACCUACAACCAAGUUUUUAACUGUAUGAUUCAGAAGUUUGACUCCUCUAGGAAACUGUGUUCCCUUAUAAGUUACAUCAGUUAUUUGGCAUAUACUGAUACUUAGUAUACAUAAACAAAUUGGGUUGUAUUGGAAGCAAAUUUAUAAAUCUGCGUGUUUUCUUUCAAUUUUUUUUUUUCCACUGUAAGACACUCCUUUGCAUAUCUUUAACUUUUUAAGACUAUUUGGAGAAUGAAGUGUCUCAACUGUCUCCAGGGAAAUUAAGUGGAAUCCAACCAGGAUCUAUUAAGAUGUCAGAAUAAUUAAUAAUUUUAUUAGGAGAAAUCGUUUUAAAUUUCAAAAUGACACUUGCCUAAUAAUAUAAUAUGAUAUUGGAAAAUUUAAAAAGAAAAAUAAUCCUACUCAUAAACUACUUUUUUAUAGUUUUCAGAAAAAAGUUUACAGUCUUAAGGAAAAUAUUCAGGUCUAUCAUAUGGUUUGACAGAUUUUUUAAAAGUUAUUUUUGGUAAAGUCUUCUUUUAGAAAAAAUCAAUCUCAAGGGUUUUUUGUACCACUAUAAUCUCUAAUACUUAUUCAGAAUUACUGUGUAUUUACUUAAUUUCCUAUUAUGUGCCUUAUUAUGUGCUUAUGAUAUAAUAGGUUAGACUUUUAUCUAAGUAUCUUGAAAGCUAUAUUGUGGGCUUGGUGAGCAUUUGUUUUUUCCCUGUUUUGGUAAGGAUUUUAAAGUUUUUUUCAUUGCAAUUUUAAGUGAUUUUCAAUAACUAAUAGUUUCUAUUCAAAUUUUUUGGUGCUUUGGUGUAGAGAUGGGGUGAGGAAGGGUUAAACGGUUUGGGGAAUAACUCAGUGCACACCUGUAGGCCUCUUCAUAUUGUGACCAAUAGUGGUCAUUGCCAGUUAUAGCAUACCAAUUUGGGGCUAUAACAUGCAGUCUCAGUUCUGGAUCUUUAUCACCCAUUAGAAUUUGUCUCAGGAUUACUUGGUUUUUGUCAUAUACUCAAGUGAGAACUUGCUUUUCUUUGUUAAUGUCACUUCAUUACUGAGUGCCCACAUAUAUGGAGUAUGAGAAGGUGGAUUCUUUCUCAUACUCUGUCCCUCUUUUUAGUUGAAUGUGAGAGUACAUUUUAAUGUUUUGCUCAGUGAUUGUAUAAUGUAAAAUUGUUUCUUUUUAGUUCGAUACUUUGCUUUUGUUGAUUAUUCCUUCAGUGCUUGAUCGGAUUUUUUUAAAGCAGAAUUUGUUAAAAGGGUCUUUUUUGUCCACCCCUUUUACACUUUUCAGAUUCUCAGAAUGGCUCAUCUCACCUUUUAAAAGAAUAUCUCAAUUUCUUUGCUAUAUUCCAGCCAUUAAUUUGAACACAGGAAGAAAUUUUAUAAAAAAUUGGAGACUACAAAAGAUAAUUGUUAAAAAGCAGAAUUCACUCAACGCUGAGCAGCAAUUAGUUGGUAGAAUACAAAGGAGGACACUAUAUUGAGAUCUUUCAAGUGGAUAAAUUUUAAUAUUGGCUGAUAGGUAUAAUCAUUUAUCUAAUUUUUAUUUUUUCACUUAUGAAAUAUAUUUUUACCAAAACACUGAGUAAGAGGGAAGGGGAAAAAACAAUUUCUUUAAGAAAUCUCCCCAAAUUGCUUCAUUUUUUUCCUUCCACACAGGCACUAUUAUAAUUUUCAGUGGCAUGUUAAAUUGGUUUUUUUUUUAGUUAGGAAUUAUUGUGUAGUUUUUAAUUCAUGACUCCUAUAACAGUCAGUGUAAGUGUAGCAGAAUUGUAGCAGAAGGGAGAUCACAAUGGUAUUGAAUGUAAUUUUGAAGUAGGGAAUGGCCUUUAUAUUUGAGAGAGAACAUUUGAAUCCUUUUCAGGGAUUUGCGCACGCGUGUGUGUGUGUGUAUAGAUAAGUGUAUAUACAUACAUACACUUUUCUAGUGUUGUACAUACAUAUGCACAUUACGUACAUCUUAAUUUAUUGACAAAGAACAUUAAUCAAAUUAAGAUUUGGAAAAGGUGAGAUAUUCUUGUUUAAAAUAGUGUGUUUGCAACCAUCAAUUUGUGUCUAAAAUUAGCUGUAGCACAUGGUGUUGUCCAUAUUGGGCUAUUUGCUCUUUGAAUUAUAGAGGUCUACAGUAUUUGUGUUGGUAUAGUUUCUGUAAAAAGAUUUAAAAAUAUCAGGGCAGUGGAAAAACUAGAUCUUUGUAUUUUUUGUUUGGGCAUGCAUUUAGUUGAUAUCUUCUGAGCAAUGUUUAUUUUUGCUGUUGAGCUGUCAUAGUAUCCUAUUUUUAAAUUUAUUUACUUAAUUUUAAGGAGUAUUGUCUUAUUUUUGGAGGUGUCUGACUUUGACACAAAGUAUGUAUAUUCAGGACUUUAUUAAAAAAUAGCAGUACAUGAUUAACAGUAGCAAUUUAUGCCAAAAAGUUCUACUUUGAGAUUUAAAUAACUUGCAUAGCAGUAAAUUGUGUUUCCUGUGAGAUACACAUAGAAAAAUAACCUUAAUAAUUUGAUAACUUACAGGAGAGUAUCAGAAUUACCCAAUAGCUCCUGCAGAAUGCCAUAAAUUCGUUGUUUAAGCCUAAAUAUUGUAAUGUUAAUUUGUAGUAAUGUUUUUGAUUUUGUUGAAAGUUGCAAAUCUCACAGUUUUUAGAGACACAAUUUUUACCUGCCUAUUCCUUAUGGAAGCAAUGCCUUUUUUUGGCUCCACCUAGGAUGGUGAUUAUAGGUUCUGCUUCAGUUGAUUAAAAAAGUAACUCUCAUGAAUGUCUCUGAUCUUUUUUUUUUUUUUUUUUUUCUUUUGCGGUACGUGGGCCUCUUACUGUUGUGGCCUCUCCCGUUGCGGAGCACAGGCUCCGGACGCGCAGGCUCAGCUGCCAUGGCUCACGGGCACAUCCGCUCCGCGGCAUGUGGGAUCUUCCCGGACCGGGGCACGAACCCGUGUCCCCUGCAUCAGCCGGCAGACUCUCAACCACUGUGCCACCAGGGAAGCCCCUCUGAUCAGUUUUAUAUAAACUUUUGAAAGCUUCCAUGUCAUUAGGCAGCAAAGGUUAUACAUUUAUAUUAACAUGUAAUUCCUCUUCUGUUUCCACUAAGUAUUUUUGGACAAAAGAUGACAAGCUCAAAAGUAUGUGUUUUUCCCCCCAGUGAGUCACUUAAAAGCCCUGUUUGCCAAACUAUCAGCCUAUCUCUUAGAAAACCUAGUGUGUACUGCUAUUUUUAAAACCAAAAAGACAGCAUGACUAUGCGUAAAAGCAUUUUUCUUAACUUUUCCUUUGUCUUGAUCUGUUGUUAACAAGAAUAAAACUGCCAGACUUAAAAUAUUCUACUAUUGUGCUAAAAGAAAUACAAUUUAGAUUGCACAGAACUUUUUCUUUAAAGAAAAUAUAACUCAGCUGUCUUUUAAGAGCUGUGUUAUUGUCUACAAGACUGUUUGCAGUCUUUUUUCAGAGCAAAUUUUAACAGCUAGUUGUGAAUGAUUUAAAAAAUAGAAAAUUACUAAAAUAUUAGUUUUGGGGGUUUUAUAGAGGGAGAAAAACAAAACAGGACCAAAGGUUAUGUGCCUUCUUCAGUAGUCUUAAUUGAUCUUUUCUUCCUAUUUGAGACUAAGGUAGUAUCAGUAUUCUGGUUUUCAGGAAAUACAUACUAUAGUUUUAAAAGAAUGUUGUCCCACACACCAUCCAUUCAAGCAAACAGUUGUAAUGUAAAAUGAAGUCUCAGUUACACUUUUUGCCUUCAUCACGUAAUAUUCAUUAUAUAGCAUUGUGCAGGUCCAAGAACAGAGCUGCUCUUAAUCUUUGUGGUAGUCAUCUUAGUUUCUGUAACCUGAGGCAUAUGUUCCAGAGAACAGGGAUAUUUUUCUUGUUCAGUGACCUUGGUGAUAAUAGUCAUUUUUGAAAGCUGCUCAUGGCAAGCUUAAAUCAGCACUGUAAACAGAUUUUUGUUGUUUUUGUUGUUACAUUAUUUUUAGUUCUUGAAUCUAUGUAGUAGUUGUAAUAACAAAUAUUUAAAUAGCUAUUUUUGAUGUCAUUUAAAAAAAUCAUACUCUAGCCUUUUUUCCCCCUUACCAUUGUUACCCAGAUCUUUAAAAAAUUCAUCCCACAUCCAAAAAGUACUAAUUAUAAAGAUUGCUGACCAAGCAAAGUUUUGCAUCAAAAUGUCACCUCAUUGCUCUGACCAAAGACUGACUGUUCUGGUUUUGACUCCGUUCUGUUAAGCAUUUCUUUUCCCAAGCUCCUUUCUGAAAGAAGAUCCAGUGCAAAGCAGCCUUUACUUUCUAUUUCCUAUCGGCGAAUAGACUACUUAGAGAAAAUGGGAGUUUAAAUGUGAACAGAAUGGAUUAGGACAACAUGGGUUUUAUGGGCAUUUUCAGUACUGUAUUUAAGAAAAAAAAAAAAAAUAGCACAGCUAGGAGCCUCUGACAUUGUCUCGUGUUUUAUGUGGUCUGUUCAUAAAAUUCCCUUUUUCAGUUUAUAAGAAUGUUCAUCUAACAGAAGAAAAUGCUGUAAAUAUUUGUAACAACAUUUUUUAAAACCAGGCCAAAAAAGAAAAAGAAAAAAAAAACGGUUUUUGGGAACAAGUUAACAUAUAAAGUGGUUUUAUAUAAAACAUCAAUUGUCUUGUAUAUUUUGAUAAGCAGCAGUACCAGCUUUCAUUUGUAACACAGUUUGUGGCAUUGGAAGAAAAGGAUUCUGUGAUUAUUGAAGUGAAUUAUGUUAUAAAUGCGAAGAGAAGAUAAAAUAUUAAAAAACAUAUUUUCUAAGUGCGUAGUGCAUGGUUAAUUCAAGCUUCUGUACACUACAAUAUAUUCCAUUUUGUUCAGUUUGUAUAUUUGCUGACUAUUACUUGAUAUCUCUUAUCUCUUUCCUAACAAGUAUAGCAUUGUAGCAUGCCUUUUAAUAAAUGUCAUGACAUCUGUACUCUCUUAAAAAAUAUUUCUGUGUUCUUGUCUGUACUUUGGGUUUCCCCUUGUCUUACCUGUAAUUCUAAUGAUGUCAUAUUUUCUUUGUCAUAGCCAUCCAUCUAAACUUGUUAUAGUGAGAGCAUAGUGAGAGCAUAGCAAGCACAUAUUCAUACCACUUUAAAAACUGAAAAACUGUAAGUCUACUAAUCACCUCUCUUUUACUUAAGGGACAGUUCUCAUUUUGAGAAACAGAAUGCUUUUCUAACCGUCCUACAAAUAGCUUCUUCAGUGGCACGCCCCCUUUGUACAAGUACAUGUUGGCACAUUUGCAUGAGUGAUGUCUUUCGCUCUCUUUCUGUGCAUCUUUCUCUCUCUCUCUCUCUCUCUCACACACACACA